GCAGUGUGAGAGCUCGUCGCUCCAGCGUGGAUCUGCAGCGUGCCGUGUCCCGGGGCAACCUCACGGAGGUCUUCAAGGUGAGAGAAAGUCAACUCACAGCCGAUUUAAAGCCUUCCAGUGCCAGACCUCCCAGCCCUCGGGAUCCCUCCGGUGCCUCGGGGGACGGGUCAAUCGAGUCGCAUUCUCCUACGAAACCAGUGAGUUUGCUGGAGCAAUUGGACGUGCCGGCGGUGCAAGAACAUAGCCACGAAGACGAGGAGGAGGAUGUCGAAGCUCCCAGAUCCUGGUGGCGGCAUUUGAGCCCUUUGCAGACCUUUGUUUCAGGUCACUUGUCGAAGGCUUUGGGUUUGGUGCCCAUCUUAGACGGGACCGGCCCUUUCCGCUACCGGCAGAGGGUCUCGAUGCUUUACCACUGGCUGGUGAUCUCAUACCUGCUUUAUGGAAUAGUGACUGUGUCCUAUGAGUUGAGCCUUUGUCAUUUCGACAGCGGGAUGCAGCCAGAGAUUUGUGAUGCUUCCUGGCCUCCUUUGGCCGUCGAUUUGUUCCUCAUGCUUGGCUCUUGCUUGGUUCUCAUGAGCUUGGGUGGAUUUUGGAACUACGCGGACCGGGCUGACCGGGAAUGCUCAUUUUUUCGGGACACCACGAAGCUUGUGGCCCAGAGUGCAGAGGAGCUGAUGUCCUACUGUGAACAGAACUCCCUGGAUGAAGCCUGGAAGAGCUGGAGCUGUUCAGAGCCUUGGAACGGAGCAGAAGUGGACCAGUUUGAUCGGAAUGUAGGACGCUUUGGACUCUAUGGCUGGGCAGUCUGGAAAGGAGAGGAGCAGCUGGACUUGAGCGUGGUGACCUUUGCGAGCAAAUUUUCCAUCAGCACCGGAGUUUUGAUCUUUGCUUGUUUCUGGCAGGUGCGAACCUCUCAUGCCAUGGCAUUGAUCGUGAAUGCCUGGAGCGCUUGCUUGCUCAUGGGCGUGUGUUCCUGCAUGGAAUCUCGCAACACCUGGCGUCGCGUCAGCGGCCUCUUCCGGAAGACUUCUCGCACCUUUGAGCGCUGCUGUGGCGCCUUAGGCUUGAUCAUCGUGGGUUUGGUCUUCUCUGCGUUGUAUGACUUGCGACAAGGACGAGGUGAAGAGGUCUUGGCUUCCGUCUCCGUGGCAGUCAUCAUACCAGGUGUGCUUUGGACUCAUGCUUGCACCACUACAGCAUGCAAUCGACUACCAUCGCUGGUGACGUUAUGCGAGGGGAGUGACGAGGAUGAGGAUGAGGAGUACACAGGUUUGGCCAUGUUCUUGUCUUUGAGUGAGUGCGGUUUCUUCGUAUCUGCGAGUCAAGAUCAAGCUUUCACUUCAAGCUCCCCACAAAUCAAUUUUAUGAGUGUCUACUCUUUUUUGCCUUUGAUGGGGGGCUGCUUCAGCAUUUUCGUCAGUAGGACAUGGCUUUCCUUUUAUUUGCGUCCUAAAAAUAAGGUAUGGGAUACGUGUUUGACGGUCGGCCUGGUUCAGAAGUUCCUGUACUUCACCGCGGCCAUGGCUGGCACCAUCGGGUUUCAGACAGGAGCCUUGAACUUCAAAAGUUGA